UUGAAGUGAAAUAAAAUUAAUGGUAGAACUGUUUAUGAGAUCGGUACAAAUAUCAUGUCUGUUCAAAUAGCAUUGAGAAAUUUUCUUCAUGGAGUCAAUAUAAACGAUGGACCACUAUAUUUGGCAUCGCCGUCUUUAACUGGAAAGUUCUGUUCGUUUGCUUUCAACGGAACACGUAUUCCAGAUUAUUUGAAUAAUAUUUUGUAUACUAUUUGUAACGUUUUCGGCUCUGAAGAUAAUGUUGUAAUCUCCAGGAUUAAAGAAGAACAUUUAGAAAGAAGUCUUCAAGGAAAGUGGAGUGUGAACAGCAUUUUGAACGGUUUCUUGCUAGCUGCAGAUCCUAUUACGACAAAGCCAUUCCGCAGUAAUUUUCUCGUUCAAUUCAACGAUGAAGUGGAGGAUAAUACCAAAAACGUGAUUGAAUUCGCUAAAGAAUAUGGGAUUCCAUUUAUUUCGAAGUUGGUUCCAAAUUCUACCAAGACUAGUUACUCAGUUGAUGUUAUAUCUUGUAUGUCAGAAGAAAUAAUCGAUCAAUUUCAACUUCUGCCUGUUAAGUAUGACGGCUAUCACCCUGCCCUUGAAUUUGGACACUCAGUAUUUAAAAGUUUUGUAGAAGUACAAAAAACGCUGGAAAUAGCUAGUCAGAGUUUAUCUCUUCCAGAAGUAAAGAUCUUAAAAGAUUUAUCAAAAGAGCACUCGAAUGAUAUUUUCGCAAUAGCUGAGCCGAGCACGUAUCUUAAUCCUUUCAUUGUUGUUGAAGGACUUGACGGCGUUGGUAAAACGACGCUUGUGACGAAUCUUGCACGACGUAUAAAAAAUGCACAGCUGGUCGUUACACCACCGCAAGCAAUAAAUGAAUACAGACAAAUUAUGGUGAAGCAAUGCCAACCCUUGUGCAGAGCAUUUUACAGCUUAGGAAACUAUCUUACGGCAAAAAUAGUAAAAGAUUCGCUAAUGUUCAACACUGUUGUUUUGGACAGAUAUUGGCACAGUUCAGCGGCUUAUGCAAUCGCCUUGGAAUCAAAAUGCGGUAAUGAACGAAACAUUCCAACCAAGGGUCAUCCAUUAUACAAAUGGCCAGAAGACUUAAUGAAGCCGUCAGCAGUCAUCUUUCUAGAGCUAGGAGAGGAAGAUCGCAUAAGGCGAUUGAGAGGACGAAGCAAGACAGGAACAACAGAGGAAAUUCUGCUAGAAAAAAGCCAGUUGCUACGACAACGGUUAGUUCAAGCGUACAAGAAUAUGGAGAAUCCUAGCUGUAUUAUUAUCGAUGCAUCGAAAAGUAAAGAAGAAGUUUGUGACAAUGUUAUUAAGGAACUAACAAAUCGAAACAUUUUAUCCAAUUAAUGACGUGGGUUCAUUCUCAACAUUUUUCAGCCUUAACUUGCAUCUUUAGUCGUAGUUAUUGAAGGAAGUAUUAAAAAACAUUGCCGCAUCCUGCUAUUGACUGCUGGUAGGCGCAAACGUAAGCCUAUAAGUUUUUCGUCUCUAGACUAUAGACUUUCGUCUCUAUCACUUAUACAUAUCCUAUACAUAAUACUAUUUCUGAAUACUGCAACAUUUUGAGGCUGUUGUACUGUUAAUGCAAGAUUUGUUUUUAUUUGAUUGCUGGGCGUUAUAAAGAAUAAUUAACAAGCCA